ACUGUCAAACUAAAAAUUGUGUGGUUGUUGAGUUGAGAAGAGAAGAAAAAAAAAAUAUUCAACGAAGUUAAGAAAUUUUUUGUUAAACAAAAUGCCCAAGUGGAAAAUUAUUCAAUUUCUUAUAAUUUCAUCAAUUUUAUGCUAUGUAAAUGGCAAAUCUGAACAAGGAAAAUCUGAUAUUGUUUUAACACCUCAAUCCAAUGUCGCCAAAGUUGAGAAGACACUAUUCGCCGGCUCGAAAAUUUUCUUACAAAUUACCUGUGACUCAAAAGAUCCCGAUGCUGAAGUCACAAUUUUCUGGACUCUGUCGGAGCAUUUGUGUCUCCUUGAUGAAUUGAAUUCUUAUGAGCAAAGACAAUAUCGACUGGCUUUGCAAAAUGAAACAAUGCAAAUUCGAUCCGAGCCAACAACGCAACCUUGUCAAUCUGGUGGACAUAUUAUUUUGCCAGAAUUCCGUUUUGCUUCGGAGGCAUCGUCGUCAAUUGGCAGUGCAGUAGCACCACAGGAAGAGAAAACCACGAUGGCUACUGUGAAGAAAAACAAACCAACACAACAGAUUGGAGCCAAAGCCGAUAAUCCUGUAUUUACUAUCACAAAAGAUGGUAUCUAUGAAUUCGCGCUUACAAUUGAACCAGUAAAAAAUGUUGACUUUGCGGCACCAGUACACAUUGAACUUCCAGGACCCCAAGGAUAUCUGUCAGCCAUUGAAUGGCCUCUUUUACCAUUUUAUGGAACAAUGUGUCUAGUUUAUGUCGUCUACGGCAUCAGCUGGCUCAUUGUAUCAUUCUUACAAUGGCGUGAUCUCCUACGAAUUCAAUUCUGGAUUGGUGGUGUCAUACUCUUGGGAAUGAUGGAAAAAGCUGUAUUCUAUGCUGAAUAUCAAUCUGUUAAUUCGACGGGUAUAUCAGUUCAAGGUGCCGAAUUAGCAGCUGAAAUUGUAUCAUGUGCAAAACGUACACUAGCUAGAAUGUUGGUUAUUAUUAUGUCGCUUGGUUUUGGAAUUGUUAAACCACGAUUAGGACCAAUGCUCCAUCGUGUUGUUGGUACUGGUGCUCUCUAUUUCAUUUUGGCUUGUGUUGAAAGUUAUCUUCGAGUAAUGCGCACAAAGAACGAUCAAAGACAUGAACUUUUAGUUGCAAGUAUACCAUUGGCGGUAUUGGAUUCUGGAAUUUGUUGGUGGAUCUUUACAUCACUUGUACAAACAACAAGAACAUUGCGAUUAAGAAGAAACAUGGUGAAGCUCUCUCUGUAUAGACAUUUUACCAACACUUUGAUCUUCUCGGUGAUAGCAUCGGUCAUCUUCAUGUUGUAUUCAAUCCGGAUACGCAGGACAGAAAAUUGUUCUCCAGGUUGGCGAGAAAUUUGGGUGGAUUUUGCCUUUUGGCAUGUCCUCUUCUCAGUGCUUCUUCUUGUGAUUAUGAUUUUGUGGAGGCCCACAAAUAAUAAUCAAAGAUAUGCCUUUACUCCACUUCUGGACAAUCCAGAAGAUGAAGAUGAUGAUGAAGAAGAAGACCAAUUUGUGGCGGAUGCAUAUGGCGUGAAAAUGCGAGGUGCCCAUGCCAAUGGACCAAAGGCUUUGUCUCCAAAAGCAACGACAACCGAAGAAGAUGACCUGCGAUGGGUAGAAGAAAAUAUCCCAUCAUCGAUGUCCGAACCUGCGCUGCCAGUCCUUGACUCAGACGAAGAAAUCAUCAAUACUAAAUUCGAAGUUUCCAAAAUGCAAUAAAAAAAAGCACACAAUUGGCGAAAUCAUAAUUGAGUAUUUUCUGAACCUGAGCCAGAGACUUGCGUUUUGUGUUUAUUUUCUUUUUUUUUAAUUUAAUUUUCAACAGUUUAAUUUUUUAUAUAUAAGAAAUAAGAUUGUAGAAAUAAGCAUAACUAAUAAAUAUGACUAUAAAAUACUUAAUUCAAUAUUUAAUCUAGUUAGCAUAUUACCAAGCGUUGAUAGUUUUAUAUAAAAACAAUAAUUCUUUGAAAACAAAAUUAUUAAUUUUUUGUUUUUGAAUCGAAAUAAAUUAUUAAAUUUAAUUUUUUUAUAAAUUAUAUUUUUU